CUGCUGCUGCCUCCUCCUCCUGCCCUGGGAUCGGUCCCUCCGCUUGCUCAGGGGGGCACCCUGCUCCUCCGGCUGGGAGAGAGCGAGAAGGGGGCGCUGAAACCCGCCCCCUGCACCUCCAUCCAGGGAUCGGCGCUGCUUCCAUCAGGACAACAACCCCUCCUCUUUCCCCGCACGACAAGAUGUGAAGCGGAGACUCUUGGGACUUAUCCUCACCCUCCUCAUCCUUCCAGCUCCCCGCUCUGCAGCCAUUAGUGCCUGGCGAGGAAGAAGCAAGGGGAGCUGGGGACCCCGGACACGCACUGUCUUGCUUCCCUCCAGCCCCUUCGCGGGCAGUGGGUGGUGGUUUUUUUUGCUGUGUGGUGUUGGACGGGGAAGGAGCUGCUAGAGGAGGGUGAUUUUUUCCCCCUCUCCUUUUUCCUCCUCCUCUCCCCUUCUUCGCCCGCCUCCUUGUGGCGAUGAGGAGGAGGAGAACGACGCCGAGGAGGAAGAGGCUGAUGGCGGCGGUGAGGCGGCAGCAGGAGGAGGAGACCCCCCGGAGGAUGAAGAUGAUGGUGGCAGAGAUGAGGAAGCAGCAGCAGCACAGCAGCCGGGAUUAAUUUGACUAAACACUACCAGGCUCUUCUCCUUCUUUUUUGUUGCUGGCACGGGGGGAGGUUUCCGUGUUCUUCCCGUCUCCUCUCUGUCCGGGGGAAAAGGCCUCUUCCGUACCCUACUCCCCACCUUUUCCCCCCGCUGAGUCGGUGCCACCCUACCAGAGACCGAACCCGAGGGGCAGAAAAAGGGGAACUUGGCCCCCCGCGUCCUCCAGAUCCGUCGCUGGCUCUCAUUAGUCCACAACUGAGUCGGGGAUCCGAGAGGAAGGGGAAGAUUUUGGGGAUCCCCGUCCCUCUGCUCGCUGUGUUUGUCUAAAAAGAAUUAAAAAUGGCCGAGAAUGUGGUGGAGCCGGGCCCGCCUUCAGCCAAGCGGCCUAAACUCUCCUCACCGGCGCUCUCCGUGUCCGCAAGCGAUGGCACAGAUUUUGGAUCCCUCUUUGAUCUGGAACAUGAUUUGCCAGAUGAACUAAUCAGCUCCACAGAUUUGGUACUUACCAAUGGUGGUGACAUUAAUCAGCUGCAGAAUACCAUUGGCAUAGCACAAGAUGCUGCAUCUAAACAUAAGCAGCUUUCUGAACUGCUACGGGCUGGUAGUUCCCCAAACCUCAAUAUGGGGGUUGGUGGUCCAGCCCAAGGCAUGGCAAGUCAAACACAACAGAACAGUCCUGGAAUGGGAAUUUUAAACAGCAUGGUUAAAAGCCCCAUGGCACAGGCAGGGUUGACGUCUCCCAAUAUGGGGAUGGGUACAAGUGGCCCAAAUCAAGGUCCUUCGGCCCAGUCAACUCCAGGAAUGAUGCCCGCAGUAAAUAGUCCAGUUAAUCAGCCUGGCAUGGGAAUGAACACAGGAAUGAAUGCUGGCAUGAAUCCUGGGAUGCUGGCUGCAGGCAGUGGACAGGGGAUGAUGCAAGGACAAGUCCUGAAUGGUUCAAUUGGCGCAGGAAGAGGACGACCCAACAUGCCAUAUCCAAAUCCAGGAAUAGGUAAUGCUGGUAACUUGUUGGCUGAAACUCUACAGCAAGGUUCCCCCCAGAUGGGAGGACAGACAGGACUGAGGGGGCCACAACCUGGCGCAAUGAACAAGAUGGGAAUGAUGAGCAAUCCCAGUCCUUAUGGCUCACCAUACAGCCAGAACUCUGGGCAGCAGAUUGGAGCCGGUGGACUUGGUUCCCAGAUGCAGAAUAAGACUGGGCUACCAAACAGCUUACCCCAGUUCCCAAUGGACAAGAAGCCAGUUCCUGGGAUCAAAUUUACAAAUUUAGGCCAGCAGCAGGCUCCUCCAGUUCAACAAGCUGGGAUGGUGGCAGCUGCUCCCCAAGGAAUGGGAUCGGGAGCACCUACAGCAGAUCCAGAAAAACGUAAACUCAUUCAGCAGCAGCUCGUUCUCCUUUUACAUGCUCACAAGUGUCAGCGGCGGGAACAGGCAAAUGGUGAGAUGCGACAGUGCAACCUCCCUCAUUGCCGCACCAUGAAGAAUGUCCUAAACCACAUGACACACUGCCAGGCUGGCAAAUCCUGCCAGGUGGCACACUGUGCAUCUUCUCGACAAAUCAUCUCACACUGGAAGAAUUGUACAAGACAUGACUGUCCUGUGUGUUUGCCUCUCAAAAAUGCUGGGGACAAAAGAAACCAACAAUCAUUAUUGGGAGGAGCUGCCACAGGACUCUCAAAUACUGGCUCUGUAGGGGUAGGACAACAGACUACGCCCUCUAUUAACACUACCAGUCAGAUUGACCCCAGCUCCAUAGAGAGAGCCUAUGCGGCUCUUGGACUGACCUAUCAAGGGAACCAGAUGCAGACGCAAUCCCAGGCUCAAGUGAAGAAUCAGCAGCAAGGGCAGUCUCCCCAGGGUCUUCGCACUAUGAACCCCAUGAAUGCUAAUCCUAUGGGAGUGAAUGGAGGUAUGGGGGUUCAAGCCCCUAAUCUGCUGUCUGACUCAAUGUUGCAUUCAGCAAUGAAUUCCCAAAAUCCCAUGAUGAGUGAAAGCACCAGUGUUACCAGUUUGGGAGCUAUGCCAACUGCAGCACAACCAUCCAACACUGGAAUUAGAAAACAGUGGCAUGAAGAUAUUACUCAGGACCUCCGAAAUCAUCUUGUUCAUAAACUUGUUCAAGCCAUAUUUCCUACCCCUGAUCCUGCAGCAUUAAAAGACAGGCGCAUGGAGAACCUAGUGGCAUAUGCUCGGAAGGUAGAAGGUGACAUGUAUGAAUCUGCAAAUAGCAGGGCAGAGUACUACCACCUGCUAGCUGAGAAGAUAUACAAGAUCCAAAAGGAAUUGGAGGAAAAGCGAAGGACCAGACUGCAAAAGCAGAACAUGAUACCAAAUGCACCAGGCAUGCCUCCAACUCCCAUGAAUCAAGGGCCCAAUAUGGGACAGGCACAGCCAGGGAUGUCAACAAAUGGUCCCCUUCCUGACCCAACCAUGAUUCGUGCCAGUGUGCCUAAUCAGAUGAUGAAUCGCAUGCAGACACAGCCAGCAAUGAACCAGUUUGGCCAGAUGAACAUGCAACUAUCACCCAUGGGUCCCCGGCAAACUCCUCCUCUUCAGCACCCUGGACAGCUAAGCCAGACUGGGGCCAUGAACCAGCAGAUGGGAUUUGCUUCACGUAUGCAGCAGCCUGGGGUUGGCCAACCUUCCAGCCAAAGUCAGUUUCUGCAACAGAACCAGUUCCCUGCUUCCUCUCCAGGAAUGAAUGCAACAAACAUGCCUAUGACCCAGCCUGGCAAUCAGACGCCAGUGUCUCAAGCACAAAUGACCAGCUCUUCCUGUCCUGUGAACUCUCCUGCAAUGGCUCCAGGUUCUCAAGGGAGCCAUAUUCACUGCCCACCUCUUCCACAGCCUACCUUGCACCGAAACUCUCCCUCUCCAGUACCUAGUCGUACCCCAACACCUCACCACACUCCCCCAGGUCUGGGAACCCAGCAGCAGCAGCCGCAGGCAACACCAGCAGCCGCCACCACCAUCCCCACCGCCCCUACCCCUACGACAAUGCCACCUGGACCGCAGUCACAAACUAUGCACCCCCCUCAGAGGCAGACUCCAACGCCUCCACAGGCACAGCUGCCUCAACAAGUCCAACCUCCAGUUCCAGUCACCCCUUCGGCAGAGCAACAGCAGCAGCCCCUGUCACAACAGAGCACGACUGCAUCUGUGCCCACCCCAACAGCACCACUGCAGCCUCAGCACCCCACAACACCUCUUUCACAGCCGACUGUAAGCAUUGAUGGGCAGGUAUCAAACCCACCAUCCACCAGUAGUACAGAAGUGAAUUCUCAACAGACUAUCCCUGAGCAGCAGCAACCACUCUUGCAGGAAGUGAAAAUGGAUAUUAAAAUGGAAGAAGAAGGGCCAGAACAAACAGAGCUCCAGAUGGAGGAGAAACCAGAGAUUAAAGUGGAACCAGGAGCGAAGGAAUGUGUAACGGAACCAAUGGAGCAAGAAGAGAAGAAACCAGAAGUGAAGCCAGAAAUGAAGGAAGAGGAAGAAAUACCCAAUACUCCAGCUACUCAGUCUUCUCCAGCAGCAGGGCAGUCUAAGAGGAAAAUUUUCAAACCAGAAGAAUUGCGGCAGGCACUUAUGCCAACAUUGGAGGCACUUUACCGGCAGGAUCCUGAGUCCCUUCCUUUCAGACAGCCUGUGGAUCCCCAACUACUGGGAAUUCCUGAUUACUUUGAUAUAGUAAAGAACCCCAUGGACCUCUCCACCAUCAAGAGGAAGCUAGACACAGGACAGUACCAGGAGCCUUGGCAAUAUGUGGAUGAUAUCUGGCUCAUGUUCAACAAUGCCUGGCUCUAUAACCGCAAGACAUCCCGCGUGUAUAAGUACUGCUCCAGGCUGGCAGAGGUGUUUGAACAAGAAAUUGAUCCAGUUAUGCAGAGCCUUGGUUAUUGCUGUGGAAGAAAGUUGGAAUUCUCACCACAGACUUUGUGUUGCUAUGGCAAACAGUUAUGCACAAUCCCUCGAGAUGCCACUUACUAUAGUUACCAGAACAGGUAUCAUUUCUGUGAGAAGUGCUUCAACGAAAUCCAGGGGGAGAGCGUUUCUCUAGGGGAUGACCCAUCACAACCUCAAACUACAAUAAACAAAGAACAGUUUUCUAAGAGGAAAAAUGAUACACUAGAUCCUGAACUGUUUGUUGAAUGUAUAGAAUGUGGGAGAAAAAUGCACCAGAUCUGUGUGCUUCAUAAUGAAAUAAUCUGGCCAUCUGGCUUUGUGUGUGAUGGCUGCUUAAAGAAAACAGGACGAACCAGAAAAGAGAACAAAUUCUCUGCUAAAAGGUUGCCAUCUACAAGGCUGGGUACCUUCUUGGAGAACAGAGUGAACGACUUUCUGAGAAGACAGAAUCAUCCUGAAUCAGGAGAAGUCACAGUUAGGGUGGUUCAUGCCUCUGACAAAACUGUAGAAGUAAAACCUGGAAUGAAAGCAAGGUUUGUAGACAGUGGAGAGAUGGCAGAGUCCUUCCCUUAUCGAACAAAAGCCCUAUUUGCUUUUGAGGAAAUCGAUGGGGUAGACUUGUGCUUCUUUGGCAUGCAUGUACAGGAGUACGGCUCAGAUUGCCCCCCGCCCAAUCAGAGGCGAGUAUACAUAUCUUACCUCGACAGUGUUCAUUUCUUCCGUCCUAAAUGCUUGAGGACUGCUGUCUAUCAUGAAAUACUAAUUGGAUACCUAGAAUAUGUCAAGAAAUUAGGAUACACAACUGGACAUAUCUGGGCCUGCCCACCUAGUGAAGGAGAUGACUAUAUUUUCCAUUGCCAUCCUCCUGACCAGAAGAUACCUAAGCCCAAGCGACUGCAAGAAUGGUAUAAAAAGAUGUUGGACAAAUCAGUGUCGGAACGCAUUGUCCAUGACUAUAAGGAUAUUUUUAAGCAGGCAACAGAAGAUCGUCUCACAAGUGCAAAAGAGCUGCCUUACUUUGAAGGGGACUUCUGGCCCAAUGUGCUGGAGGAGAGCAUUAAGGAACUAGAACAAGAGGAGGAAGAACGGAAGAGAGAAGAGAAUACUAGUAAUGAGAGCACUGAUGUGAGUAAGGGAGACAGCAAAAAUGCCAAAAAGAAGAAUAAUAAGAAGACAAGUAAAAACAAGAGCAGCUUGAGUCGUGGCAAUAAGAAGAAGCCUGGCAUGCCCAAUGUUUCCAACGAUCUUUCCCAGAAGCUGUAUGCCACUAUGGAGAAGCAUAAAGAGGUCUUCUUUGUGAUCCGUCUCAUUGCUGGCCCUGCAGCGAACUCCCUGCCUCCCAUUGUUGAGCCUGACCCACUCAUUCCAUGUGACUUGAUGGAUGGGCGUGAUGCCUUCCUCACCCUUGCUAGAGACAAGCACCUAGAGUUCUCUUCACUACGAAGAGCUCAGUGGUCAACUAUGUGCAUGCUGGUGGAGCUGCAUACCCAGAGCCAGGACCGCUUUGUUUACACCUGCAAUGAGUGCAAGCAUCAUGUAGAAACCCGAUGGCAUUGCACUGUCUGUGAGGAUUAUGACCUGUGCAUCACCUGUUACAACACUAAAAACCAUGAUCACAAGAUGGAGAAACUGGGCCUUGGGCUAGAUGAUGAGAGCAACAACCAGCAGACAGCAACCACCCAGAGCCCUGGUGACUCCCGCCGCCUGAGCAUCCAGCGCUGUAUCCAGUCCCUUGUCCAUGCCUGCCAGUGUCGUAAUGCCAACUGUUCACUGCCAUCCUGUCAGAAGAUGAAGCGGGUUGUCCAGCACACCAAAGGCUGCAAGCGCAAGACCAAUGGAGGGUGCCCUAUUUGCAAACAACUCAUUGCUCUUUGCUGCUACCAUGCAAAGCACUGCCAGGAGAACAAGUGCCCAGUGCCCUUUUGUCUCAACAUUAAACACAAGCUUCGCCAACAGCAACUUCAGCACCGUCUGCAGCAGGCCCAGAUGCUCCGAAGGAGGAUGGCGAGCAUGCAGAGGACGGGCGUGGUAGGUCAGCAGCAAGGAUUGCCUUCACCGACACCAGCCACACCAACAACUCCAACGGGCCAGCAGCCGCCAACACCACAGACCCCACAACCUCAGCCACCCCCACAGCCUGCCUCGCAACCCCAACCUGCACCUCCCAAUACCAUGCCGCCCUACACCAUGCCGAGAACUCAACCCCCUGGUGCUGUGUCCCAGGGCAAAGCAGGUGGCCAAGUAACACCUCCAACUCCACCUCAGACUGCUCAGCCACCAGUCCAGGGUCCUCCUCCAGCUGCAGUAGAAAUGGCCAUGCAGAUCCAGCGGGCAGCAGAGACUCAGCGUCAGAUGGCACAAGUUCAGAUUUUCCAAAGGCCAAUUCAGCAUCAGAUGCCCCAGCUGAAUCCGAUGCCACCAAUGGGGAUGAACCCUCCUCAAAUGGCCAGAGGGCCUGGUGGUCACAUAGAUCAAGGGAUGGGGCCCGCAGGAAUCCAGCAGCAGCCACCAUGGGCCCAGAGUGGGUUACCUCAACCACAGCAGCUCCAGCCAGGAAUGCAGAGAUCAUCCAUGAUGUCAGUAGCCCAGCCAGGGCAGCCUAUGAACAUGGCACCUCAGCCAGGAAUGGGCCAGGUUCCUGGGGCAGCUCAGCCAAAACAAGGAUCUCUGCCCCAGGCAGCCUUACAAAACUUACUGCGGACUCUCAGGUCUCCCAGCUCUCCCAUGCAGCAGCAGCAGGUGCUUAACAUCCUCCACUCCAACCCUCAACUACUGGCUGCUUUCAUCAAGCAGAGGGCCGCUAAGUAUGCAGUGUCUCAGAAUCCACAAGGUAUGCCAGGGCAGCCGGGAAUGCCACAGGGGCAGCCAGGACUUCAGGCACAGCCAGCCAUGCAAGGGCAGCAAGGAGGGGUGCAUCCAAACCCAGCCAUUCAAAAUAUGAGCCCCAUGCAAGCCGGGGUCCAAAGGCCCAGCAUUCCCCAGCAGGCACAGCAGCAACAGCCUCAGCAGGCCAUGGGUGGGAUGAAUCCUCAGGCACAGCCAAUGAACAUGAAUCACUCUGGGAUGUCGCCGCAGUUCCGGGAUCUUUUAAUGAGACGGCAGCAGAUGAUUGAGCAGCAGCAGCGCCAUCAGCAGCAGCAACAGCAGCAGCAAGGAGCAGGACCAGGGUUGGGGCCUGGGAUGGCCAACCAUAAUCAGUUUCAGCAGCCCCAGGGUGUCGGUUAUCCCCAACAGCAGCAGCAGCAGCAACAGCAGCAACAGCAAAGGAUGCAGCAUCAUAUGCAACAGAUGCAGCAAGGAACUAUGGGACAAAUGAGCCAGCUUCCACAGGCAAUGAGUGCAGAGACAGGAGCCAGUUUGCAGCAGGCUUUCCAGCAGAGGCUACUUCAGCAGCAAAUGGGAUCCCCAGCUCAGCCCAAUCCUAUGAGCCCCCAACAGCACAUGCUCCCCAGUCAAGCUCAGUCCCCACAUUUACAGGGCCAGCAGAUCCCUUCAUCACUCACCAAUCAAGUGCGUUCUCCACAGCCUGUACCCUCACCACGACCCCAGUCCCAGCCCCCCCAUUCCAGCCCUUCCCCUCGGAUGCAACCUCAACCUUCUCCACACCAUGUCUCUCCUCAGACCAGCUCCCCACAUCCAGGACUGGUAGCUGCCCAGGCAAACCCCAUGGAUCAGGGGCAUUUUGCCAGCCCGGACCAGAGUGCAAUGCUUUCUCAGCUUGCUGGCAACCCAGGCAUGGCAGGCCUCCAUGGUACAAGCGCCACGGAACUGGGGCUCAGCUCCGAUAACUCAGACUUGAAUUCAAAUCUUUCACAGAGUACACUAGACAUACACUAGACACAUUGUAGCAUUUUGGGAGCAAAAAAAAAAAACUUAUUUUCUCAAGACUUUUUGUACUGAAGACAAAUUUUUUUGAAUCUUUCUUAGCUAAAACAACAUUUUUCCCUGGAACACAUCCGAACUCUACAACAGUAGUUUGUGGUUUUAAAAACAAGAAACCAACACAAUGAACCUGAGGGACAAUAGAAUACAAAGAAUAUAUUUUUGUUAUGGCUGGAAUCAUAACCAGUCUUUUCUUGUUUUUCCUCGCAUGUGUGCGUUGGGAGGUGGAGGGAGAAGGGGUGAUCUUUUGGUUGCUGACCAAAUAGCCCCUUUCUCAUGACUCCAAUAGGUUUUAUUUUUUUUUAAAUUAAUGAAAAUAUGUAAUAUUGAUAGUUAUUAUUUACUGAGGCAAAUGGUUAACAUUUUCCCUAUUCUGGUUUUUCCUCACAUCACUGCAAAAAACCCACAAGAGAACAUUUCUUAAAACCGGAGGACAAAAGGGGUUAAUGUUGCUUUAAAAAUACAUUACAUAUAUAUAUAUAAAUAUAUAUUAAAAAUAAAUACCAGUUUUUUCCUCUUUGGUUGGAGAGAUGUCAAUUCUUUGAAAAAAUGUAAAAAUAUUAAAUAACCCAAUCCCUUCCUGAAGUCUACUUUUGUCCUCCAAGAAUUUUCUAUACAAGAGUCUGAGCUUAAAAAAUCUUCAAGUAUUAAAAUAAUUUGUACAUGUAGAGAAGACAACAUUUUUGCAAAUACACAGGGGCAGCUGCCAAAUGGAUGUAGUAUAUAUAUUGUGGUUUCUGUUUUCUUGAAAGAAUUUUUGUUAUUUUUACAUCUAACAAAGGAAAAAAUAAAAAAGAGGGUAAGAAACAAUUCCAAGAGGAUGAUUUUAACCUGAGAAGUCCCUGGGGUUUCUUCUUUACACUUGCUUUCUCUCUCUCUCUCUCUCUCUCUCUCUUUCUCUCUCCCCCCUUCCCUAUCCUCUUCCAUUUUCUGUAAAACUUGAAAAUAGAAAGCAAAAAACCCUCAAAUGUUGUAAAUCAUGCAAUUAAAGUUGAUUACUUAUAAAUAUGAACUUUCGAUCACUGUAUAGACUGUUAAAAUUGAUUUCUUAUUACCUAUUGUUAAAUAAACUGUGUGAGACAGACA